UCAACCGGGAUCUGAUAACCAAUUUGGUCCAGACAAAGUUUUAAAAGUGUUUAAGUUACUGAAUCGCUUUGAUCUGCUGUCGAACCCAACUAAUCAUGUUGGGCAUGGUUCAACUGUUGUGGUUAAGACUCAGAGUCUGAGCAAUUGGUAAGGCUGCCAAUGCAUGGAAUGGACCACAGCAUCACAAUUCUAUUUGAAUGACUAUUAAAAAUAUAUACGCAUAUCAAUAGAUCUUAUGUGACUCUGUCUUGGCCUGAUCGAGAAAAACUGAGACCAAGGCUGGGUCCAGGUAUGGAAACAUGGCAUAUAAUUGUAAUUAUCAUAUCUGAGCCUAGCUGGUCCAUAAAUUAAUUCGACAAUUAUUAGAUUGCAGUAUAUAUCUUUCAAUUGCGUUACUGUAGAAUUAACUGAUAACUGCACUGUUAACUUGCUGUAAGCCAUGUACCCAUCCAUGAAUUUAGGAUUCUUCUAUUUUUGUAUUACAAGAAAAUGAAACUUCAUCUAUUAUAUAUGUUCAAUAUAUCACCACCGAGGCCCGCAGCUGCAACCAAACUCAGCUGAUCAUUUUUGACAGAGAUAUUAGCAGAUUCAGAAAGAAACUAUGGAAGAAUCUGCAUAUGACAUUAGGGCUCCUCUAAUUUCUAAGGAUCGUGAAGAUAGUAACAUGGCAUCAUCAUCAUCCUCAUCAAAAUCUCAACCAGAGAUUAAUGAAUUACAAGAACAUGAAGAGAACUCACCGGUCAAACAAGUGGCCUUAACAGUACCAAUCACAGAUGACCCGUCUUUACCAGUCCUCACAUUUCGAAUGUGGGUGUUAGGGACUCUGUCAUGUGUUCUUCUAUCGUUUCUAAACCAGUUCUUUUGGUACCGGACAGAACCUCUGUCAAUCACAGCCAUUUCAGCUCAAAUUGCCGUGGUGCCCAUCGGUCAAUUAAUGGCUGCAAAAAUCACUGACCGUGUCUUCUUUAAAGGGACACGUUGGGAGUUUACGCUCAAUCCUGGACCUUUCAAUGUUAAAGAACAUGUUCUUAUCACCAUCUUUGCCAAUUCUGGAGCUGGCAGUGUUUACGCCAUUCAUGUUGUUACUGUUGUUAAAGUCUUCUAUAAGAAACACAUCACCUUCUUUGUUUCUCUCUUAGUUGUCUUCACAACACAGGUGUUGGGGUUUGGUUGGGCUGGGAUAUUCAGAAAGUAUCUGGUGGAACCAGCCGCAAUGUGGUGGCCUGCAAAUCUUGUUCAAGUUUCUUUGUUCAGGGCUUUGCAUGAGAAAGAGGAACGGCCUAAGGGUGGUUUGACUCGUACACAAUUCUUUCUUAUAGCUUUUAUUUGCAGCUUUGCUUACUAUGUCUUCCCAGGCUACCUCUUUGAAAUGCUAACUUCCCUCUCAUGGAUAUGCUGGAUUUUCCCCAAAUCUGUGUUGGCCCAACAACUUGGUUCAGGCCUUUACGGGCUUGGAAUUGGUGCUUUUGGAAUUGACUGGUCCACAAUCUCGUCUUACCUUGGAAGCCCCCUUGCAAGCCCUUGGUUUGCCACAGCUAAUGUUGCUGCAGGAUUUUUUUUCGUCAUGUAUAUUUUGACCCCCAUAUGUUAUUGGCUUGAUGUCUAUAAGGCCAAAACGUUUCCUAUAUUUUCUGACGACCUUUUCACAUCAACUGGUCAAGAAUACAAUAUUUCAGCCAUCAUUGAUUCUAAUUUUCACCUGGACCUUGCGGCUUAUGAGAAAGAAGGGCCUCUUUACUUGAGCACAUUCUUUGCCAUGACUUACGGUGUUGGUUUUGCUGCACUGACUGCCACAGUUGUACAUGUUGCACUGUUUCAUGGAAGGGAGAUAUGGGAGCUGAGCAAAGCCAGUUUUCAGGAAAAAGGAAUGGAUAUACACACUAAACUCAUGAAGAAAUAUAAACAAGUUCCUGAAUGGUGGUUUGUUUGCAUCCUUCUGGUAAAUAUAGCAGCUACUAUUUUUGCUUGUGAGUAUUACAAUGACCAGCUUCAGUUGCCAUGGUGGGGUGUUGUACUAGCAUGUGUCAUUGCUAUUAUAUUCACCCUUCCAAUUGGAAUCAUCACAGCCAUCACAAACCAGACACCAGGCUUGAAUAUUAUCACAGAAUAUAUAAUUGGGUAUAUUUACCCAGGGUAUCCAGUUGCUAAUAUGUGCUUCAAAGUGUAUGGUUACAUAAGUAUGACACAGGCAGUCACCUUCCUGCAAGACUUCAAGCUUGGUCACUAUAUGAAAAUUCCUCCAAGGACAAUGUUCAUGGCACAGAUUGUAGGAACUGUCAUAGCCUGUUUAGUUUAUUUGGGCACUGCAUGGUGGCUAAUGGAAACAAUCACAGAUAUCUGCGACUCAACAGCCUCUGACAGUGUGUGGACUUGCCCAAGUGACACAGUCUUCUACGAUGCAUCAGUCAUAUGGGGACUGAUCGGUCCACGAAGAAUUUUUGGAGAUUUGGGGACUUAUGAGGCCAUCAAUUGGUUCUUUUUAGGUGGAGCAAUAGCUCCAAUACUGGUGUGGUUGGCUGCAAAAGCAUAUCCUAACCAAGAAUGGAUUAGACUCAUCAACAUGCCAGUGUUGAUUGGUGCCACAGGGAUGAUGCCACCAGCCACUGCAGUUAACUACACUACUUGGAUUAUUAUUGGCUUCCUCUCUGGGUUUGUUGUGUAUAGAUAUCGACCAGACUUGUGGCAGCGUUACAAUUAUGUUCUCUCUGGGGCACUGGAUGCUGGACUUGCAUUCAUGGGAGUGUUAAUAUAUUUUUGCUUGGGCUUAGAAAGUAUAAGUGUUGAUUGGUGGGGAAAUGAUCUUGAUGGGUGCCCAUAUGCUACCUGUCCCACUGCCAAGGGAGUUGUGGUUGAAGGCUGCCCAGUUUUCAGCUAGAAAUAGCUUAUUGUAUUUUUUUUGUUUCUGAUUCUUGCCUUUACUCCUUAUAUAUUAUGUCGUUCCUUAGGAGAGUUGUUGGAAUACAAAGAUUAGCAGCUGAAUUGAAAUUCACUUAUUUGCUUUUA